AUGACUCCCCACGCCCCCUCCGAGCAGCGCGGCGAAGAGAUCCUCACUGUCUUCUCCACAGCCUUUGGCGCCCUCCUCGCCGCCGACCCAGCCGCAUUCCAGACCAAGUUCCGCAAGAUGGCCGCCUCCGCCUUCGCCUUCUACCGCGGCACAGCCUGCCUCUUCUACCACGACCUCGAGCCCCAGGCGAAAGCCGACGCCUUCCUGACCGACCAGUCCAGCAACAUCUGGAUCCACGGCGACCUGCACGCCGAGAACUUCGGCACGUACAUGGACUCGCAGGGCCGCUUGAUCUUCAACGUCAACGACUUCGACGAGGCCUACGUGGGCCCCUUCACCUGGGACGUCAAGCGCUUCGCCGCCUCGAUCGCCCUGAUCGGGUACGCGAAGGCCCUCAGCGACAGGCAGAUCACGCGUCUGGUCGAGACCUAUGCCGCCGCGUACCACGAGCGCAUCCACGCCCUGGCCAGCAGCGAAACACACAAUAUCCCGCGCAUCACGCUGGACACGGCCAAGGGGCCGCUGCUCGAUGCCCUGCACAACGCCCGCAUGCAGACCCGCGUCUCGCUGCUCGACUCGCAGACCGAGAUCCACAACUUCGAGCGCCGCUUCACGCUCGGCGGCGGCGCGAUCGAGCUCGACGGCCCCGCCCGCGAAAAGGUCAUCGCCGCGUUCAUGAAAUACCUCGAGACCCUGCCCCAGCCGAGACCCGAGUCCAGCGCCUACCGCGUCAAGGACGUCGUUGGCCGGCGCGGCGUGGGGAUCGGCUCCGCCGGGCUUCCGUCUUUUAAUAUCCUGCUCGAGGGUAAGAGCGAGGCCGUCGAGAACGAUGUCAUCAUCUACAUGAAGCAGUCUAUCCCCGCUGCUGUGUCGAGACACGUCGCGAAUGCUUCUGCCGCUGGUUACUUCCUCCACGAGGGCCACCGGACCGUCGUCUCCCAGCGUGCGCUGCAGGCGUGUGCGGACCCCUGGCUCGGCUGGACGGAGAUCGACGGCGUCGGACAGCUUGUUGCUGAGGUCUCGCCGUAUGCCGUCGAUCUCGACUGGUCGGAGAUCAACGAUAUAAGCGAGAUGGCGGCCGUUGUGGCGGACUUGGGCCGUGCGACGGCGAUGAUGCAUGCUGCGGGCGACGACGACAAGCUGCAUUCGGCGCUGGUGCCGUUCUCGCCGGAGAAGGUUAUUGACGAGGCGAUUGAUGCUGCUGGUGGGGAGGAAGUCUUUGCGGAGGCGUUGGUGGACUUUGCGCAUCGGUAUGGGGCCAAGGCCAGGGCUGAUCAUCAGAUCUUCGUGGAUUUGUUUCGGAAUGGGAGGAUCCCUGGGUUGGAGCUUUAUGAGGAGGAGUAA